AUGGGCAAGGUGGCCUCAGAAGGCCGAGAGGGGCUGCGAGAAGCGAAGGGCUUGAAUCUACAGGUUCCGCAAGCGGGAUCGGACCGGCAAGGCUGCCGGAAGUUACCCUGCAGGCACCUGUUGGCAAAAUCUAGAACCAGGGCUCCUCCGGGGGUGCCCAGUUGCUCUCUCCAGAGCUUCCAGGGCGGGUUAGGACUCUUGGCCUGCACUGUACUCAUUUGUCCAGGGCUACCUGUGUUUACAGUGUGCCCCAGCCUGGACAUCCGCUCUGAGGUGGCAGAGCUGCGGCGGCUGGAGAACUGCAGUGUGGUAGAGGGCCACCUGCAGAUCCUGCUCAUGUUUGCUGCCACUGGGGAAGACUUCCACGGCCUCAGCUUCCCACGCCUUACCCAGGUCACUGAUUACCUGUUGUUGUUCCGUGUCUAUGGCCUGGAGAGCCUUCGAGACCUUUUUCCCAACCUUGCUGUGAUCCGAGGUGCCCGCCUCUUCCUGGGCUAUGCACUUGUCAUCUUUGAGAUGCCCCACCUGAGAGACUUGGGGCUGCCAGCACUUGGGGCUGUGCUGCACGGCGCUGUGCGUGUGGAGAAGAACCAGGAACUCUGCCACCUCUCUACCAUUGACUGGGGCCUGUUGCAGCCUGCACCUGGUGCCAACCACAUUGUGGGCAACAAGCUGGAUGAGGAGUGUGCCGAUGUGUGCCCUGGUAUGCUGGGCGCUGCUGGUGAACCCUGUGCCAGAACCACCUUCAGCGGGCAUACCGACUACAGGUGCUGGACCUCCAGCCACUGUCAGAAAGUGUGUCCCUGUCCCCAUGGGCUGGCCUGCACUGCAAGUGGUGAGUGCUGCCAUACCGAAUGUCUGGGGGGCUGCAGCCGGCCAGGAGACCCUCGUGCCUGUGUAGCCUGCCGCCACCUCUACUUCCAAGGAGCCUGCCACCAGACCUGCCCUCUGGGCACCUACCAGCAUGAGUCAUGGCGCUGCGUCACAGCUGAUCACUGUGCACAUCUGCGCUCUGUGCCUGGCCUUGCCUCUGCCUUUGGCAUCUAUCAGGGCAACUGCCUGGCACAGUGCCCUCCAGGCUUCACCCGUAAUGGCAGCAGCAUGUUCUGCCACAAGUGUGAGGGGCUGUGCCCCAAAGAGUGCAAGGUGGGCACCAAGACCAUCGACUCUGUCCAAGCAGCACAGGACCUGGUGGGCUGCACCCACGUAGAGGGGAGCCUCAUCCUCAACCUUCGUCAGGGUUACAACCUGGAGCCAGAGCUGCAGCGCAGCCUGGGGCUGGUAGAGACCAUCACUGGCUUCCUCAAAAUCAAGCACUCCUUUGCCCUCGUGUCCCUGAGCUUUUUCAAGAACCUCAAACUAAUCCGGGGGGAUGCCAUGGUGGAUGGGAACUACACGCUGUACGUGCUGGACAACCAGAAUCUACAACAGCUGGGGUCCUGGGUGGCUGUAGGGCUCACGAUUCCCGUGGGCAAGAUCUACUUUGCCUUCAAUCCGCGCCUGUGCUUGGAGCACAUCUACCAACUGGAGGAGGUGACUGGCACCAGAGGCCGGCAAAGCAAGGCUGAGAUCAACCCUCGCACCAACGGAGACCGAGCUGCAUGCCAGACUCGCACCUUGCGCUUUGUGUUCAACCUGACCGAGGCAGAUCGCAUCCUGCUGCGAUGGGAGCGCUAUGAGCCGCUGGAGGCCCGGGACCUGCUCAGCUUCAUCGUCUAUUAUAAGGAGUCCCCGUUCCAGAAUGCCACAGAACAUGUGGGUCCAGAUGCCUGUGGAACCCAGAACUGGAACCUGUUGGACGUAGAGCUACCUCUCAGCCGCACCCAGGAGCCAGGAGUGACCCUAGCCCCCCUUAAGCCAUGGACACAGUAUGCAGUGUUUGUGCGAGCCAUCACUCUGACCAUCGCUGAAGACAGCCCCCAUCAAGGAGCCCAGAGUCCCAUUGUCUACUUGAGAACCCUGCCUGCAGCUCCCACUGUGCCCCAAGAUGUCAUCUCCACAUCCAACUCCUCCUCGCACCUCCUGGUGCGCUGGAAACCACCGAACCAACGCAACGGAAACAUCACUUACUAUCUGGUGCUGUGGCAGCGGCUCGCAGAGGAUAGUGACCUGUACCUCAACGAUUACUGUCACCGCGGUUUACGGCUGCCCACCAGCAGUCACGACGCCCGCUUCGACCGCGAAGACGGGGCGCUGGAAGCUGAGCCCGAGCCCGGCUGCUGCCCUUGCCAGCUCCCACCUCCGGGGCAGACCCUUCCUGUGCUGGAGGCGCAAGAGGUCACCUUCCAGAAAAAGUUUGAAAACUUCCUACACCACGCUAUCACCAUCCCCAAAUCCCCUUGGAAAGUGACAUCCAUCAAGAGCCCCCAAAGGGACUCUGGGCGGCACCGCCGGGCACCUGGGCCUCUCAGGUUAGGGAGCAACAGCUCGGAUUUCGAGAUCCAGGAGGACAAAGUUCCCCGGGAGCGAGCGGUGCUGAGUGGCUUGCGGCACUUCACAGAAUACCGGAUCGACAUCCAUGCCUGCAACCAUGCGGCGCACACUGUGGGCUGCAGCGCGGCUACCUUCGUCUUUGCGCGUACCAUGCCACACAGAGAAGCCGAUGGUAUCCCAGGAAAUGUGGCCUGGAAGGCGGCUGGCAAGAGCAGUGUCUUCUUGCAUUGGCUUGAGCCUCCUGACCCCAAUGGGCUCAUCCUCAAGUAUGAAAUCAAGUACCGCCGCCUGGGAGAGGAGGCCACAGUGCUGUGUGUGUCCCGUCUUCGCUAUGCCAAAGUUGGUGGGGUCCACUUGGCUCUCCUGCCCCCUGGAAACUACUCUGCUAGAGUUAGGGCCACCUCCCUGGCUGGCAAUGGCUCCUGGACGGACAGUGUUGCUUUCUACAUCGCUGGCCCAGAAGAAGAGGAUGCUGGGGGAGUGCGAGUCCUGCUCACUGUCACCCCAGUGGGGCUCAUGCUGUUCAUCAUGCUUGCUGCUCUCGGUUUCUUCUACAGCAAGAAGAGAAAUAGCACACUGUACACGUCUGUAAACCCAGAGUACUUCAGUGCUUCCCACAUGUAUGUUCCUGAUGAGUGGGAGGUGCCUCGGGAACAAAUAUCCAUAAUCCGUGAACUGGGCCAAGGCUCUUUUGGAAUGGUCUAUGAGGGGCUGGUACAAGGACUGGAGGCUGGAGAGGAGUCAACGCCUGUGGCCCUGAAGACAGUGAAUGAGCUGGCCAGUGCUCGGGAACGCAUGGAGUUCCUCAAGGAAGCUUCAGUCAUGAAGGCAUUCAAGUGUCACCAUGUGGUUCGUCUCCUGGGUGUGGUGUCUCAGGGCCAGCCAGCUCUGGUCAUCAUGGAGUUAAUGACGCGUGGGGACCUCAAGAGCCAUCUCCGAUCACUGAGGCCUGAGGCAGAGAACAACCCUGGCCUCCCACGGCCAGCACUCAGUGAUAUGAUACAAAUGGCUGGUGAGAUUGCCGAUGGCAUGGCCUACCUUGCUGCCAACAAGUUUGUGCACCGGGACCUGGCAGCCCGCAACUGCAUGGUGUCCCAGGACUUCACUGUCAAAAUUGGUGACUUUGGGAUGACUCGGGAUGUGUAUGAGACAGACUAUUACCGCAAGGGUGGGAAAGGACUAUUGCCUGUGCGCUGGAUGGCUCCUGAGUCCCUCAAGGAUGGAAUCUUCACGACUCACUCAGAUGUCUGGUCCUUCGGUGUGGUGCUCUGGGAGAUUGUGACUUUGGCUGAACAACCAUACCAGGGCCUGUCUAAUGAGCAGGUGCUCAAAUUUGUCAUGGAUGGUGGGGUACUGGAGGAACUAGAGGACUGUCCACUUCAGCUGAGGGAGCUGAUGAGCCGCUGCUGGCAGCAGAGCCCACGCCUGCGCCCAACAUUCAUCCACAUCCUGGACGGCAUACAAGAUGAGCUUCGGCCCUCUUUCCGUCGCUGUUCCUUCUACUAUAGCCCAGCGUGCCAGCGGGGUCGGGCCUCACUGCUGCCCACUGAGGCAGAGCCUGACUCCCCACCAACCUCAAAUGAAUCUUCAGAUCACAGUCCCCCAAAUGGGGGCCCAAGACAAUGA